AGUUGCUUAUAUUUACAAACCAACUUUCAGUCUUCACCGGCAACGUCUGCUCGUCGCUAUGAUGAUGACGAUUCGAUAUCCUACCGUUCGAUAUCUCUCGAUGACUGCACAGCCAUGCCGGAGUGGGAUGACGAGCACUGGGAUUUUGGUGCGUCCUUUCUGGCCGACCUAGAUUCCACUCAUGUGUGGAAUGACACUUUGGAACGACAACAUUUUGGUCCGUUGAAAGGUCUGGUCACUACCGGCGGCGCGAAAGCAGACAGUCAUCGAUUUGUUUCCAUCAACCUCGUGCAUCCGACGUGGUGCGAUAAAUGUGGCGACUUCAUUUGGGGUUUGUUGAAACAGGCUUCCAAAUGUGAAAAUUGCAACUACACCUGCCACAGUCGGUGUCAAGAGCUGGUGACGUUGGAGUGUCGGUCAGCCGGCUCAUCGUUGGCGUCAGGCGAAUUCCCUUCAAUCUAUCCCAAACUGCUCGAUGGCACCCUUGGAACUAUUCCAAAAGAAUUGCAUCUGCCACCGCUCCAACUGAGCUCAUCCUUUGGGGACUCUGACAAGGAGAACGAAACAUCUUUCGAGAAUCCGCUCUUCUCACCAUCAAAGAUGUCCCGCAUCGAGCAUCCCUCGUCAGCUCUCGCUCAUCCUCUGAUCGAUCAGCAACAGCAGCAGGGGUCAGUCGCCGGACAGUCAUUGCGGAUAGAGGAGGUGUAUGUGAAGGAGGACACCCCAUUCGAAUGGUCUCCAGCCUACCGGGAUGACAAUCUCGCCCAGAGUAUCGAGGAAUACAACAAGACCGCCGACGGGCUCUGCAUGAAAAUGAACGAUGAUGGCGAGACGUUUUCCGGCCAUAUCCAAAUCCACAUGAAUCUCACCCGACCGAUCAGUGUCGUGGCUGGUGAGAAGCCGCCCACGGUGUACGAUGUUGUGAACACAGGUCAGUUACUAGGAUAUUGUGCUGUUACGGUAUAA